UAUCUUUUGUGCAACAAUACUUUUGUCUGUCGCGGAUGAGGUUUUCAGGGCAUAGUUGUUGUCAUGCCAUUUGCUUAAGAUAAUUACUACUGUUAAACAUGUUUUCAGGUUAACUUCAAUCCCUUACAUGUGUAAUAAACCUGUGGAUUUAUUUCAUAAUCCCAUUUCACCACAUGCCUAAACGGUUAUAAAAGGAUCACAACUUGCCAACAUGUGACCUUUUUUUGUUUCUGCUAUUUCUGGUUAUCGUUCCUGAUGUUUGUCCCACGUUGUUGUCUUUGUUACAAUACAAACAUCACUCCGCUCAGAUAUAACAUUUAGGAAGAGAUGCUAUUUAGGGGAUUCACGGUAGAGUGAACCCCUCCUGAAAUCAGAGCAGGGUUGACCUUUAACAGAGUAGUGGAAGAUCAUGAGGCUAGCCUGAUACCAACAGCCCAACAGGGGAGGCUAGCUUGUUUGUUGUCAUAACGCAGACUGCUUUCUAAUGACGCGGAUCGUAGAAGCGGUGUCGUGCAGAUCAAGUUUGCAAGAAUGCAUUCCUGCAAACUUACCCUGUCAGUCUGUCUCUGGCGUUGAAGCUCCGCCACCUUCACACCCUCUAAUGAUGUGGGGAGGCAUGCAUGGCAUAAAGGUGAAGCAACGCGCAGGCUGUCUGUCCGAGCAAUAAGCUAUGGAAUGCUCCUCGCAGCCAUCGUCACUAGUCUCCACUCAUUGGACUGAGCUCCAGACGCCCAGUUAGCAACUGUGCUUCUCCCCUUCGCCUCUUCGCAAACACAGGGGGACAAAAACACAAACAGCCAGCGUCCGAACCGAGCCGAAGCCAAGCACCUCGGUUCACCACUAAGCAGCGCCUUGACUUAUUUUUAAUUGAGCGUGUGGGAGUGACGAAAAAAACAAAACGCAGUCAAGAUGGAUAUGGAACCGUACCUGUGGAUGGUCAUCCUCGGCUUCAUCAUAGCCUUCAUCCUGGCGUUCUCCGUGGGCGCCAACGACGUGGCCAACUCGUUCGGCACGGCGGUGGGCUCCGGCGUGGUGACGCUGAAGCAGGCCUGCAUCCUGGCGUCCAUCUUCGAGACGCUGGGCUCCAUGCUGCUGGGGGCCAAGGUGGGCGAGACCAUACGGAAGGGCAUCAUCGACGUGAACCUGUACAACGAGACGGUGCCCGUGCUGAUGGCCGGGGAGGUCAGCGCCAUGGUCGGCUCGGCCGCCUGGCAGCUCAUCGCCUCCUUCCUCAAACUGCCCAUCUCGGGGACUCACUGCAUUGUCGGCUCCACCAUCGGCUUCUCCAUGGUCGCCAUAGGAGCCAAGGGCGUACAGUGGAUGCAGCUUGUUUACAUUGUGUCCUCUUGGUUCAUCUCUCCCCUCCUCUCUGGGCUGAUGUCCGGACUCCUCUUCCUCCUCAUCCGGCACUUUAUUCUGAGCAAGGUUGACUCUGUCCCCAAUGGCCUACGGGCGCUGCCUCUGUUUUACGCCACCACGAUCGGGAUCAACACCUUCUCCAUCAUGUACACCGGAGCUCCCCUGCUAGGGCUGGAGUUGUUACCGGUCUGGGCCAUAUUUCUCAUCACUCUGGCCGGCUCGGUGGUCUGUGCUGGGGUGGUGUGGUUCUUUGUCUGUCCCUGGAUGAGGAGAAAGAUAGCAGGCCGCCUGAAGAAGGAGCAGGCCCUCUCCCGGAUCUCGGACGAGAGUCUGGAUAAGAUUCCGGAGGAGGAGGAGGAGAGCCCCGUGUUCAAGGAGCUGCCGGGGGCGAUGGGCACGGACGAGGCAGCGUUGCCGCUCACUGCGGGCAGCGAGAGAGGCACCCGCGACUCCUCCGGGGAACUAAACAGCCUGGCCAACGGGGGCACGGUGCUGCCCAACGGCAGGGUGUACGGGCGGACCCACUCCAUGACCAACGGCUGCCUCAAGUCGCCCAUCUCCAACGGCGCCUUCAGCUUCGACAGCGGCCACAUGCGCAGCGACGGCCAGGUGUACCACACGGUGCACAAGGACUCGGGCCUGUACAAGGACCUGCUGCACAAGAUCCACCUGGGCCGCCUGGAUGACGGCGGCGACCGCUCGGGCGCCGCGCCCGCCGCCGACAACAACUACCGCCUGCUGCGCCGCAACAACAGCUACACCUGCUACACGGCGGCCAUCUGCGGCAUGCCCGUGCAGCCCACGCCGCGCUCCGAGUCCCGCGAGGACAACGAGAAGCUGGUGGGCGAGGGCGGCAGCAACGGCGGCGGCAGCGGCCGCAGCAACAGCGUCUCGUACUCCAAGAAGCGCGUGCGCUACGACAGCUACUCGUCGUACUGCAACGCGGUGGCGGAGGCGGAGAUCGAGGCGGAGGAGGGCGGCGGCGGCGUGGAGAUGAAGCUGGCCACGGAGCUGGAGGGCACGGGCCCGGAGGAGGACGGCGCCCCCGGGCCCGUGCCCCUGGACGACCUGGCGGAGGAGGAGCCCGACGAGAAGGACAAGCCCGAGGUGUACCUGCUCUUCCACUUCCUGCAGAUCCUCACCGCCUGCUUCGGCUCCUUCGCGCACGGCGGCAACGACGUCAGUAACGCCAUCGGGCCACUGGUGGCGCUGUGGAUGAUCUACGACCAGGGUGGCGUGAUGCAGGACGCCGCAACCCCCAUAUGGCUGCUCUUCUACGGGGGCAUUGGCAUCUGUGCUGGCCUGUGGGUGUGGGGGCGUCGCGUGAUCCAGACCAUGGGGAAGGACCUAACCCCCAUCACUCCCUCGAGCGGGUUCACUAUUGAGCUGGCUUCUGCGCUCACUGUCGUGUUGGCUUCCAAUAUCGGAAUCCCUGUCAGUACGACGCACUGCAAGGUGGGCUCGGUCGUGGCGGUGGGCUGGAUCCGCUCAAAGAAGGCGGUGGACUGGCGGCUGUUCAGGAACAUCUUCCUGGCCUGGUUCGUCACGGUGCCCGUGGCGGGCCUGUUCAGCGCCGCCGUCAUGGCGCUCUUCGUCUACGGCAUCCUGCCCUACGUCUGAGGGAGGGAGAGGGGUGGGGGGGUUGGAGGAGCCGGGUAGAGAGAGAGAGAACGAGAGAGAGGGAGAGAGAGGCCAGGUGGAGCGAGAGGCGCAGGAGAGAACCACAGUGCUGCCGUCUUGGGGGAACAUGGGUGAAAAGAUAAUUACAAAAUAGGACAUGAUGUUUAGCUGCGGUUAACAAAAAAAAAAAUGGAGGCAUCCUUGAGGUCGAUGAAUGAAUGCUGUGACGCUAGUGGUUUGGGUGUAGGAAUCUGUCUGAUUGAUGAUGAGGGUUUGAGAAAGGGUUGGUUCACAUGCUGCCUGGCUCAGAAGUCCAGAAAUCUGACUCGUUUUGAGUUUCCGAUUUGAUUUCUUUUGUUUUUUUUAUAUAUAUAUAUAUAUAUAUAUAUAUAUAUAUAUAUAUUUAUUAUUUUGCGUCAGCACGCGGGUAACCAAUACUUUCACCUGAGCAAUCAAACUGCUGUACAUAAAAAAAAUAAGUAGGAGUUUUCCCGAUUUCUGACACACACUGUGGAGACUAAGACCUAACACAAGCCGAAUUAUAAGAUGUUACCAAACACAGACAGACAGACAGACAGACAGACAGACAGACAGACAGACAGACAGACACACACACACACACACACACACACACACACACACACACACACACACACACACACACACACACACACACACACACACACACACACACACUAGCUCCUGCAGGCUCAGCUCUGUCUCCACUGCCUGCUUACCUAAACUCAUGCAGUCGGGGUCCAAAAUAAAUCGACUCUUUUAAUACCAGCAACCGUGAAAAGAGGGAGCGAAAGCGAGGGAGGGGAAAAAAGCGAAACAAAACCUGUAAAUAUUGUAAUAUUGGGAUUAUUUUGAGUGUGAAUCGUUGUACUGCGGCUUGCUUUACGGUGAAAACGCAAUAACCUACUGGCGUGUGGUCAGCCCAUCCCCCAUCUCACCUCGGUGUGCUAGCCAGGAAGCUAUCGCUAUCUGAACCCAGUACAGAGAAUGCCCUAGGUCAGAUGAAAACGAAAUUCACAUAUUUUCUACGCAAUACCAGAGCAGUUUUACUUUGCAUCAAAAAAUGUCAUUUUUAACAAGAGCCCCUGUAUGUUUUUGAAAGAUGGAUAUCAUAUUUUUUAAUGAUGUAUUAUACUGUAAUUUGUACUGUAAAUACUGUCUUCACCAGUUCUGGGGAUUAUGUUUAUUUUUUUCGUUUGUUCUCAUGGGAGGGCCUCCUUAUCAUGUCAUAUACAUGGCUCGUGGCCCUUGGCAGACAAAGAUUAGGUCAAAAGCGCAGACUGACCACAAUUUCAACAUGGUUUACUGGUGAUUUGGAUCACAGCUGUCAUGUCUCGCCAAGAACAUCUGAUCUGAAAGCAACUCUGAAAUUGAAGUUUAAUAGGAUCUGCCUUUCAAUGAAUAAGAGUCAACAAACCGUCUUUUACAGCCAAUCUUGGAGCUCUUCUCUGUUUCAAUUAUUAUAAAGGAGUUUAAUAGUAUUAGGGGAUUAAAACAUAUCUACCUGCUCAUGAAAGGAUUCUGUUGCGGUGAGCCACACAAUGCCAAAGUGUACCGCAAUACCUGUCAAUAUAUAUAUAUCAAAAUGCCAAUCCUCAUGUUGAGUUGAAUAGUUACAACAGUAGCCAAAACACUCACACUACAGGCAGACUAACACGCACACACCCAGUGAUGUGCUCUUUAAAAUGACAUCUAUUUGGACCUGUAUCGAUGCCUUUUGUACUCGAGAGACGAGAACACUAAACCGUAAAACGACGGAUGCCAAAAGGUGUCUGGUUGAGACGGCCCUCUCUGAUCUCCUGAACUGUGUUGUGCCCUGAGGUUUCCUCUAGUCCGGACUCGUACUUAACCGCACAGCCUGAACACGAUGCUCCUCUCAAUGAGAGAGCUUUAGGCCACGUUCUACCAGACGCCUGGAUCGGUUUUCACACAGACACCUAAACAGGGCUGACCCGAAGUUGGGGUUAAAUGCAGAGCCCAAGUUAACAGGUGUAGUCACCGGUGAUUACGCUAGCGAUACCUGGAUCAUAUGAACGUAUAGAAGAGGGUGACCUAUUUCCAUGUUAAUCUAACAAACCCCUUUGGGUUAGCCUAACACAGCGCCUGUUUGCGAUGUACACGACUAGACGUCGCCCAGGACAACACUAAGGUCCAAGGAGUUACCAUUAAUCGGCACCAGUGUACCCAGAAGUAUGUGACCUGUAGCUGAAGAAAGUCAAAAUCUUUCUUUUGUUCUCGGUUUGUCAUGCUUGCGGUGUGUUUAUUCGUUCUUUUUUUUUUGUUGUCGUUACUUUCCAUCUUGCAGAUGAACAAAUCCAUGCUUGAGUGGCCACUUGCCUUGUAACAUUGUGUUUUACUGUGUGAAAAAACAACAACUGGUAAAUGACUAAGUGCUGUGGUGUUUACAUCGUAACCAUAUCGUAAAGUAUCUAGGGGGAGGGGUGGUGGGGGGUAAAAUAAAUAAUUGCCUAAUGAUGCCAAUGAAAAAAAAACUAUCAAACAUUAAUUACCAAGUAAAACAUAAAAUAACCGAAGUGUCUAGAGAAGGAGUGUACAUGUGUAGUGACACCUGCUUUUUCUUUUGGGGUUUCUUACUUUUCUUUGGCUUGUUUUUCUUUUGUUUGUAGUAGUAGUGCUAAUCAUGGUACCAGUCACUUUUGCACUGCUACUAUACCAUGUUAACGCGUUUGUGUGGGUGCAAUUCAAAUAAUGAAGAGAAUAGAGAAAAUUUCAUCAAAACUAUAUAUAUUUUUCUACCAUAUCUGAGUUUUAACCUGGGUGAGCUUUCGGAGGACACGCGAUACAGCUCUCUUGCAGACUGUGAAUGUCACCACAACACUAGGAAAACAACCAAACUGUGUGGCAAGAGUGUGGGCGACCGUGGCAACCGUUGCCGUGGCGGCGGCAGCACUUAACCCAGCGUGCUCUAUUAACCUGUAGACUGUGCUCACGUGUCUGUUGCCAAUAGAUCAGAAUUUUGAAAUGACCAUUUAUAUUUUUUGAACUUUUAGAUGAAAACACUUUGUAAUUUUGUUUCCCUAUACUGCUUUGAUUAUGAGCAGUAAGACUGGGGGCGGUGUCCCUUCCUAGAGUUGGGCAUAAUCAUUAUCUGGGCCUUUUUAUUGUUUUCCACGAUAUAAGAACGCUCAUUACGAGGCCUUGUCACCAGCAUCCGUUUCCCCGCCCAUCAGCAUUGUUUCCCCCCCAUCUCUCCGAAGGGCCGACCUCAGUCUUAAAGCUCAUACCUUCUUUUUUUUUCUUCCUUUUCAAGAGCGAGUGUUAUCCAGUGGGGGAUGCAUUGACUUUGUGGUAGAGAUCCAUUUUUACAUGUUAAACACAAGAAGUUUCUGUAAGGGUCACAGGGUAGAGGGUCAGUUAUGCAACGGAGGAGCUGAAGGUAUCGAGGCUAACCAAUUUAGUCUCGCUAUGAAACCUGCAUGCUGUUGGGGCCCAUGAUUGAAAACUCAUGAUUGACUCAACUUUGCGAAUUCGAUUAACCAUAGCCCUUGCGAGGUAAAUUCAUGGCAUAUACUGUUACUGUUGCCAUGCAACCUCGUCGACUGCUAGUUCAAGUCGACUAUGCCGCCACCAUCUUACAAUGGUGAAAACAAAAAAAAAGUAUUCUAUAUGAAUACUACAAAUAAAUUCUGUAUGGGUUUCCAUGGCAGCGUUGUCGGGGUUAAGUAGUGAUUCAAUUCGGCCCCCCUCCACUCCCUAGACUCUCGCCCACAAGACGGGUUUCCUCUAAACGAUACCAGGGUCCGGGUCAUGCAUCCAUCACUGAGCUCCGCAGACGCCCCCUUGCUAACACGCUCUUGUCAUUCUUCCCAUGCAUUCUCAGUGCUGAUAGGCCAAAAUGGAUCGAGUACUGACAGAGGGACAGCAUCUCAGACCAAUAAUCCAACUCAUAAAGUGUAAAUCAGUAUAUACGAGGUUAGAUCUGCCGGUAAACGAGUUGGCAUGCUUCUGUUGCACUGUAGCCGUAUGUUUUUAGUUCACUGUGUAGGAGUAGAACGCGCCAUCUCUUCCUUGAUUUUAAUUCCCUCUUCCUGAAAGUGCAACAAAAUCAUUUUUCCUUGUGAAGGUGCAACGCCACUUCCAUCUCUUUGAGGUUGUGUCCACUUUAAGCGCUGUAGUGUCGCCAUUACAGCGUGGCCAGAUCACCACAGUGAUCAGUGUGGUGGAGGAGCGUCCAUUUUGACCUUCAUGUAAAAGGUAGCAACACCUAGCAGGGUUGUUGUGUGCUGUCUCUAGCUAGUAUUCUGGUAUGUUUUGUUCUAGAAUGUGCUCCUUGGCUGGUCUGCAGGCUUUACAGCUCCGUGUUGUCUCUUUACUGUUCGCUAUUAAUCUGUCCAGUCCUCAGAUUUAAACAACAAAAAAAAAGUACAAAAAUAAAAAGUCGAAAAAAUUGCCUGGGCUUCAGCAACAUCUUGAAGCUCGUCUGAUUUGCAUAUAUUGUACUGUAAUGUUUUAUUUAAAUUUUAGUGAUGAAAUGUCUGCAUUUAAACUAAUUAAAUUAUGGGAAUUAAAAUUACAAAGAAUA